UAUAAUCCCGCGUUAGUAACGAUACCCGUGAUAAUAAAUUAAUGGAUAAAUAUUUUGGAACAUGAGUUAACAUUGUUACUUGAGUACUCAAAACAUAAAAUAAUUGAUUUAGUUGUUGUAUAUUUUACUCUUUAAUACUUAAAUCUAUGGUAUUUUUAUGAUUUUCGAUUGUGUUUUGAACUUAACCGAUGAGUUAGUUAUAUUUAUCAGCAAUGGUUGGAUUUCCAUCCUUAUGACCAAAUAACCGAAUCUAUACUUUAGCUGUAGGUUUAUUAUACCCUGGAAAGAUGUCGAUUGUCGAGUCGAGGUUAUAGUCGUCAUUGUGGCCUACUCAACAGGAAAUUAAAAAUGAAUACUAACAUACUCUCAGAACUCUGUGAGAUUAUUCACGGUUUAGGAGAAAGAAUGCCACGCAAAGAUACAGUUGAGAUAAUUCAGUCAGUAUUAAUAAAACAAAUGAUUUUGUUGAUUUAUCAAAUUCGAAAAGCUGCAAUAUUACUUAAUCACCAGAAUAUAUCAAUUAAACAUGUACUAUAUGUUUUGAAAAAUCAUAAGGUCACUCUUAUUCGAAUUCUAUCAUACUAUCUGUUAAAUGAUAGUAUCCACCGAAUCACCAGUUUAAGUGAUACUGAUUUAAGUAAGGAAAAAAAGGAAAAACAUAAACCAGAGUUGAUUGAUAAAAAUAUUAUUGAACAUUUUACAAAUUUAGAAAAUGAAUCUAUAAAAACAGAUCCUGCUACUUCUUUGGCUACAAUCGAUUUUACAACAAAAGACUUAUCACCUGACAACACCAAUGUUAAAAGUAUUUUUAAGAUACUUAGAAAUGAAAUUGUGGAUUUGAAAUUAAAAAUAAAUAUUACUGAAGAAGAAGUAAGAAAAUCUAAUGAAACACGCCUGCUUAGAGCUAAUGAUAUAUCAAUUAUACUAACAGCUAAUGGAUAUGAAGGCUUUGAAACAUGCAGAAGAAAAAAUUUUCGUAAAAACAAAACGGGCGAACUCUUAUUGUUACAAGUACAUAAAGCUCUCCCAUGGAAUAUUAAAUACAAUAAUCAAGUUAAAGAUGUUCUUUUGUUCUUAGCUAAAGAAACGAUUCAUUGUCUUAUUGAUCGUGUGUUUGAAAAUAGAAAGUGUACAGACAUUUGUGAUGAAAAUAAUUCAACCAUAAUGAAGAAAAAGAAAUAUGGAUCUAUACUUGUUAAUGAAAUAAGAGCCGUUAUAACACCUACUUGGAAAACUCCUUUAGAAGAAAUCCGUUACCCAUAUGAUGAACAUGAUGUGUUUUUUAAUAAUCAAUUGAUAUUUGAAUUAUAAACAGUAUUAGUAUAAGUAAAUAUAAUUAAAUAUUGAUGUGUAUUCUAUACUAUA